CACACUAAAACUACCUAACAAGCGUGCUUAUGCUGAGAAAUUUUACUGAUCUUUAAAUUUGGUAAAUACCUCCGAAACAAUCGCAUACGAAUCCUUCUGACGUUGGUAACACAAUUCUGGCCAAGAGCUAGCAAUGAUGCGCACAAGAAAUUCAAGCAAACAAACGUAUUCAGCUUUAGUUUGAUACGACAUUCAAUAUCCAAAUUGACGAAUCGUGAAGUUUAUUUUUGUGACACCCAAGAGUUCCGUGUGCUUUCCGUCUUUUGAAAAUCCCUUUUCGGGCAUUCCAAAGUAUACGCUCGCAGAGUCCGGAACCCAAAUCUACACUUUUUCCGUUGAUUUUUCGUAGUCGCGUGUGAGAAAUUAUAACAGGAAACCAGUAACUUUAUAACUUAUCGUCCAGUAAAAAAUCAAUAUGCGUGAAUGCAUCUCGAUCCACGUUGGUCAGGCGGGAGUCCAGAUAGGAAAUGCUUGCUGGGAGCUGUACUGCCUUGAGCAUGGAAUCCAGCCCGAUGGCCAGAUGCCAUCUGACAAGACGGUGGGCGGAGGCGAUGAUUCCUUCAACACCUUCUUCAGUGAAACUGGAGCCGGAAAGCACGUGCCCCGCGCCGUGUUUGUUGACCUGGAGCCUACAGUGGUGGAUGAGGUCCGUACAGGAACCUACCGACAGCUGUUCCACCCGGAGCAACUGAUCACCGGCAAGGAAGAUGCGGCCAAUAACUACGCCCGCGGUCACUACACCAUUGGCAAGGAGAUCGUUGACCUAGUUCUGGACAGGAUCCGCAAGUUGGCCGAUCAGUGCACCGGUCUUCAGGGUUUCCUUAUCUUUCACUCGUUCGGGGGAGGUACUGGCUCUGGCUUUACUUCGCUGUUGAUGGAGCGUCUCUCCGUGGACUAUGGAAAGAAGUCAAAGCUGGAGUUCGCCAUCUACCCAGCCCCACAGGUGUCCACCGCCGUGGUGGAGCCCUACAAUUCCAUCCUGACAACUCACACCACCCUCGAGCACUCGGACUGCGCCUUUAUGGUCGAUAACGAGGCAAUCUAUGAUAUAUGCCGCCGUAAUUUGGACAUCGAGCGACCCACGUACACCAACUUGAACCGUUUGAUUGGCCAGAUAGUGUCCUCAAUCACCGCCUCUCUGCGAUUCGAUGGAGCCCUUAAUGUGGACCUCACCGAAUUUCAGACAAACCUGGUGCCCUACCCCCGCAUCCAUUUCCCGCUGGUUACCUACGCCCCCGUCAUCUCCGCCGAGAAGGCCUACCACGAGCAACUGUCGGUGGCCGAGAUCACCAAUGCCUGCUUUGAGCCUGCUAACCAAAUGGUCAAGGUGGAUCCCCGGCACGGCAAAUACAUGGCCUGCUGCAUGUUGUACCGCGGCGAUGUGGUGCCGAAGGAUGUAAAUGCCGCCAUCGCCACCAUUAAGACGAAGCGCACCAUCCAGUUUGUGGACUGGUGUCCCACCGGCUUCAAGGUGGGCAUCAACUACCAGCCACCCACCGUCGUUCCUGGCGGAGAUCUGGCUAAGGUGCAGCGUGCCGUGUGCAUGUUGUCCAACACCACGGCAAUUGCUGAAGCCUGGGCUCGUCUUGAUCACAAGUUUGAUCUGAUGUACGCCAAGAGAGCCUUCGUUCAUUGGUACGUUGGAGAGGGCAUGGAGGAAGGAGAGUUCUCUGAGGCGCGUGAGGAUCUGGCUGCUCUAGAGAAGGACUACGAGGAGGUCGGCAUGGACUCUGGUGACGGCGAGGGCGAAGGUGCUGAGGAGUACUAGAGUGGAUGGGAGGAUUUACAUUCCUCAAAACGUUGUUUAUUUUCACACGCUCCCACUCGCAAACGUAAAUUUUCUGCGAUAUUCUAAAGCGAACGAAACAAGAAAAUAAAAAAAAACAAAAACCCA